UUUGUUUGACAGAAGUGCUAGUAAUUUCGCGUCCCGUAUUCCCGUUUUUAAUUUUCUGUUCUAACUUUAUUUGAUCUAAUUUCUUCGAAACCGAAUGAAAAGAGUUAAUCACGACAGUAACUAAUUAAUUGUCUUUGCAAAAUGAAUCGCAGAAGGGCUCAUGAUGAUGACGAUGUUUACGAGCGUUUGCAUAGAAAAAGACGUCGUGUGUCGGAAAAUCAAGAAAUAGAAGACAGGUUGGAAUCCCUAAUUUUAAGAGUGGGCGAGAAAAGUAGCUCAACUUUGGAGAGUAAUUUAGAAGGCUUAGCGAGUGUUUUAGAAGCAGAUCUCAGUACAUUUCGAGUGAAAAUCCUACGUAUUCUCACUGAAUGUGCUAUUCGGAUGCCGGAGAAAUGCACUAUUUAUGCGACAUUGGUUGGAUUACUCAAUGCGAAAAACUAUAACUUUGGUGGAGAGUUUGUGGAGUACAUUGUGAAAACUUUUAAGGAAAACCUGAAGACUGGCAAAUGGAAUGCAGCUCGGUAUUGUUUAAGAUUCAUUUCUGAUUUAGUCAAUUGCCAUGUGCUGGCUGCAUCCUCUUUAUUGACCCUUCUGGAGACAUUGGUAGAUUGUGCAAAUGAAGAUGGUGUUCCCCAAGUGAGGAGAGAUUGGUUUGUGUUUGCCGUGCUGUCCGCCCUGCCGUGGGUAGGGCGGGAGUUGUAUGAGAAGAAGGAAUCUCAACUGGAGCAUUUGCUUGUAACUAUUGAAGUGUUUUUGAACAAGCGCAGCAAGAAACACUGGCCGGCACUCAAGGUGUGGUCGGCAGACUCUCCUCAUUUGCAGGAGGAGUACUUAGACUGCCUUUGGGCUCAAAUCAAGAAGUUGAGACAGGAUAAUUGGUCAGAGAAACAUAUUCCAAGACCAUACCUUGCCUUUGAUUCUAUUUUGUGUGAGGCUUUGCAGCAUACACUGCCUGCUAUUCAGCCACCACCUCAUAAUGACGGCGACUCAUAUCCGAUGCCGCGCGUCAUCUUCCGCAUGUUUGACUACACAGACUGCCCGGAUGGCCCCGUUCUCCCUGGGGCACAUUCCAUAGAGAGAUUCCUCAUCGAAGAACACCUCCACAACAUUCUGGAGGCCUACCACCUUGAACGCAAGGAGUGUGCUGCUCAGCUCCUCUGUUUCCCAUACAAAGCUAAAAUACCAUUGGAAUACUGCAUUGUUGAAGUGAUAUUUGCUGAGUUGUUCAAUCUGCCCAGACCAAGAUACUUGGAGAUUUGUUAUGGGUCUAUUCUUAUUGAGCUUUGUAAGCUGCAGCCGUCUACAAUGCCUCAAGUACUGGCUCAGGCCACUGAGAUACUGUUCCUGAGAAUUGACACCAUGAAUGUAGCAAGUUUUGACAGAUUUGUGACAUGGUUUUCUUACCACUUGAGCAACUUCCAAUACCGCUGGUCCUGGGACGACUGGGAGGGAUGUCUGCAGCUGGAAGCUGACCAUCCUAAGCCAAGAUUCAUCAGGGAAGUCCUAGGAAAAUGUCUAAGGCUCUCAUAUCAUCAAAGAAUUAAGGACAUAACACCAGAGACAUUUGCAUCACUUGUGCCACUGAAACCAGAGCCCAUCUACAAAUAUUCCAUGGAAGGAGCAGCGGCCCUCCCGGGCACCGAAGCAGCGCACCAACUGGUGGUGAAUGUGCGCAACAAAUGCACCCCCGAGGAGGCUCUGAACGUCCUCCGAGACCUCCCUAACCCUUUAAGGGAGGGCGAGCAGCCGGCAGCGGCGCAGGCGGCUCCUCAUAAUCCGCUGAAGAUCGACGUGUUCGUGCAGACGCUGCUCAACCUCGGCAGCAAGAGCAUCUCGCAUAGCUUCGCCGCCAUCUCCAAGUUCCACUACGUGUUCAAGAUCUUGGCAGAGUCCGAGGAAGCCCAGAUAUGCGUGCUCCGCAACGUGUGGGAACUUUGGCAACGUCACCCGCAAAUGGUGUGCGUUCUUGUGGACAAGAUGCUCAAGACACAAAUCGUUGAAUGCAGUGCGGUCGCCACGUGGCUGUUUUCUAAAGAAAUGGCGUCGUAUUUUACCCAUGGAUGCUUGUGGGAGGUGCUGCAUCUGACCAUUGACAAGAUGAACAAGCACGUCUCUAAAUUGAGUGGCGAGUUGCAGGAAGCCAGAGAAGCAUUGGCCAGGGCUGACUCCAGCAGUUCGGACUCGGAGGACGAGAGCGGCAGCAAGAAGAAGAAGGACCAGGACAAACCCACUGAAGAGGCCGUGGAGCGUAUGGAGGAGCGCCUCGAAGCCGCGCACAUGGACCAGAAGCGGCUGUUCCUCAUCGUGUUCCAGCGCUUCAUCAUGAUCCUGUCGGAACAUCUCGUGCGCUGCGACACCGACGCGCGCGACCCCGACACACACUGGUACCGCAGCACCGUGGGCCGCCUGCGACAGGUGUUCCUCGCGGUGAGUCCCGAGCCGUCCGUCCAUCAUGACCCUGGCGGGGACACCGACGCGCGCGACCCCGACACACACUGGUACCGCAGCACCGUGGGCCGCCUGCGACAGGUGUUCCUCGCGGUGAGUCCCGAGCCGUCCGUCCAUCAUGACCCUGGCGGGGACACCGACGCGCGCGACCCCGACACACACUGGUACCGCAGCACCGUGGGCCGCCUGCGACAGGUGUUCCUCGCGCACCACGAGCAAGUGCAGAAGUACAGCAGUACCCUGGAGACGCUGCUGUUCACGCAGGACCUCGACCCUCACAUCCUCGACGUGUUCCACCAGUUCGUGGCGCUUACCGCCUGAGACAUCUCGCCGGACGGGGUGGGGUAGACAAUGUAACGAUGCAAUUAGUGUCAUAGCUCACGAGUGAGUACUGUCAUCCUGAUGCGUGCGCUUUAUAUUAUUCUCUGGCUCGACUUUCGCCUGGCGCAGCAGGCCAAAUAAAAAGCCUAACAAAAGCCGGACAGGCCGGACAAGACAAUAUUUGGCCGGACAAGACCGUACGACUGGCAACCCUACGUGGGACUGUCUAAAGAGAAGUAAUCAUCAUCAUCAGUCAUGAUGUCUACUGCUGAACAUAGGCCUCCCCCAAUGAUAGCCAGAUUGGCUGAUUGGAAGCGGUCGGCAUCCUGCUAACUUUAUAAGGUCAUCUAUCCACCAUGGCUGCGCUUGGAUACUUGGAAUCCAUUUCAGAAUUUUGCUGCCCUGUAGAAUGUUAUUGACAGAUUAGCAAGCUAAAGCGGUGGCAGGAAGCAGAAAUGCCACGACACGCAAUCAGCAAGUCUACUCUACAAUAUUUUCUAACUAGGGGACUAUUCUCACUUCUCUUUCCCACCACUGUAACACCUGUGACCCGCAAUGAAAUGAACCAGAAGGAAAUAUGAAUGUCUAAAAUCGAAAAUACAGACGGAAUUUUAGAGUGAUGCGAUGUCACUGUCAUACUCACACACCGUUAAAAUUUGAUAAAGACUGAGUACUGAUCUAAUCUUGUCUUGCAUCACUUAUCACCUUUUUUGGAUCAAGAGCGAAGUUACAUUGUCUGCGGAGAUGUGUUGCCGAAAAAUAGUAUCGAUGCAUCGAUUAGUCGGUCAAAAAUGACAAACAUAAUUUUCGGCAACACAGAACUGAAUGAUAUGCACGUAUAGUGCUGCCACUAUAUUGCUGAAUAUCGGUAGUCUAAUAAUAUGUUAAGUGCAUAGACAAAAAUUUAAGGUAUUUAUGGUAAUAUGUAUUUGACAAGAAUCAUCCAACCUGGAGUUUGGAUAGCAUUACAGCCAGACAGUGCGUUAUUAGCAAUAACUUAUUACUUUGAAAGAUUUACUUUAUUUUAGGAACAGUUGUAUACAACAGAAGGUUAAAACAUAUGCAUUUAAUAAUUAUAACAGACAUGCCUCCAUCAUCAAGGACUUGCUAAGAUAUUUUCAAGUUAUUAAGAAUUUCAAGAUUUCUAUUUAUGGAGUUCCUAAGAAAAGAUCAACAACUAUGGAGUUCAGUAUCAUAAAAGAGAAAGAUAAUUUAAGUUUCUAAUUUAAGGAUAAAAUAUGCCCGCGUUUUAUGUAAAUAAACAAUUGUGAGCUAA